GCUGUUCCGAGGUGGUUAUUAUCAAGCUGACAUGUAGUCAUGUCACGUGUUCAAAGUGCACGCGACCACAUCUAGACUACAGCUAGAUAACCGGAGGAAGUCCCGUGAUUAACAAAGACACCGUGAUACCAUUAGUAUACACAACGCGGAAAUGUCUGAAAAACCUCCCCCUUAUCAGCCCGAACAAGGGUACCCCCCGCCCCAACAGGGCUAUGGUCCGCCCCAACAGGGUUAUGGUCCGCCACCACAGGGGUACGGUCCGCCACCACAGGGGUACGGUCCGCCGCCACAAGGCUACCCCCCGCCGCAGCAGCCUGGAUAUGCCCCGCCACCCCAACAGGGGUACGCCCCACCCAUGCACACUUCACAAUCAAACACAACCGUGGUAGUGGCGGGAGGGGGAGGGGCGGCGCCGGUCGUGAUUCAGCAGGUGCCCGAGAGAUUUGCAGAUAAGAUCUGCUUAAAUUUGGUGAUCAGCUUUUUCUUUUGGCCUUGGCUGAUUGUAUGGCUGUGUUUGUGUAUUUUUGAAACAUAGAGUUGGAGAUCUGGUGCCUCUAUAUGGAGAUACAGAACAACUUAUGUGAAGAAACAUUCAGUCAUAUAAUCAUAUCAAGUAGUUAAUUCCGACGUUAUUACGAAUCAUAAAGAAUUCACAUUGGGGUUUUUUAUUAACAUUUUUGUGAUCAUUUGAAAGAGCAUAAUUAUAUAGCUUGCAUUUAUAAUGAAAACAGACAUAUUA